AAACUUAGGCAAUGUGAGGAGCGACAUAAGAGAAAACUGAUGUGUUGGUUCAACAAUGGUGUGUUGGACCGUUGGUGGUGAUAGCUAACUGUGGAGGGGUAGUGAUGGUAGCGGUAGCGGUCUUAACUUAUUUCAAUUGCUCUUCUACCCAAAAAAAACAAACAGUUUUCAAAGAUCCAAACAAAGUUUCGGCCGGGUUACGGGUGCAGUGGUUCGGUUUAUGCCUUACGAAUUUAAAAACUGGGUUUCAUGAUUCGUUUUACGGUUUGGAACCGGCCAAGAUAUUAGAGGUUUUUUUUUUUUAAUCUAUAUACUUUUUGAUGUUCAUACUAGAAAAAAACUGCAUGCUGCCUAGUUUAAAUAUUGCAAUAUUUUUAAUAAUUAAUACUUUUAUCUAUAAAAUCAAAAGGCUAUAUAUUAUAGUACAUCUUUAUAUUAAUCCUUAGGUGUAGUAUCUUUAGUGGGUCCUCACUCCUUUCCUUGUGAGCUUAUGUGGGUUCCACCAAGUUUUCUUGUGGUUUAUUGGGCCCUCCACUUAACCAAAUUCCAGGGAAGCACAGAGAAUCUUAAAUCAAAGAACAAAUCAACACACAUAAAAUAUAACAUUAUUAUUUUCAAAAGGUCCCUACACUUUUUUCUGUCUCCAUUUUCCACCUCAUAUAUUAAAUUUUUCCAUUCAUAUUCCUAAAGUAUCCCCUUUUUCUGACUCCAACUUCCCAGUUCCCACCAAACUUCAUUCCACUUUUCCAUUUCUCUUUCUCAUUCAUCUGUAAAUAAUAAUCAAAUAUCAAUAGCAAAUUAGCAACAACAAUGGCUGCUAUGAUACAAAAAAACACAAAUAAAAUCACACUUAUGCUUAUCUAUGCUGUUCUUGAAUGGACACUCAUACUUCUUCUCCUUCUCAACUCACUCUUUUCUUUCUUGAUCAUCAAGUUUUCUCAGUUUUUUUCCUUGAAAACACCCUGCUUCUGGUGUUCGACCCUUCAUCGAUUCUUCGAACCCGAAAACGUCAACUUGCACCGAGAUCUUCUCUGUGAGUUUCAUUCCAAAGAGGUGUCCACUUUGGGCUUCUGUCCAAAUCAUAAAAAGUUAGCAGAGAUUAAGGAUUUAUGUGAUGAAUGCUUUUCAUGUCAUCUGGAUUUCCAAUCGAAUGCGAAACAGAAUGAUGAUGAACAUGAACAUGAACAGAAGUUGAAGUGUUCUUGUUGUGGGUUGAAGUUUAAUAAGCAUAAUGUAUUGGAGUCUUCCAGAAAGAGGGAUUUGGUUGAAAAACAGACAUGUUCAAAUGAUGAAAUCGGGUCAGCUUUGAUAGGAGAAAGUCCGAAAAUUCGGAUAAAUUGUUUCGAAAGUGAGACAUGUGUGAAUAAGUUUGACUCAAGGGGAGAUUCGACUUCGGAUUUUCUUCCACAGCAUCUUGAAUUCUUCUUUGAUUAUAGUGGUAAUCAGCUGGUCCCCAUAGAAUUGGUUGACUCAUCCACUGAGGAAAGUCAAAACAUUUCUGAAGCUGAUCAAGAUUUUGAAGAUUAUGAUAAAGAUCAUGUGAUUCAAGAACAUCAGACAUCAGGCCUUGAAUCCAUGGAGUUGGAAGAAACUGAGAAUUCUCUUGUUUUUCAUGCAAAAAUUAGUGAAUUUGUCGAAAAAUCCGUCUUUGUUGAAGAAACUCCAGCUUGUUUAGUUAAUACCGAAGAACUUCAAGAAAGUAUAGAGACAAAGAAAUUGGAUCCGAAAACUCAUUUGGUUGAUGAAGAAUUAGAGGUUUCAUGUGUUGAAGAACCUUCAGUUAUGAUUGAAAAUGGUCUUGAAAUGAAGAACUUGAGUGGAAUCGUUAGUGAGAUCGAAGAAGAGAAGAUACCCGAUACACCUGUUUCGGUUAAGAAGUUUUUUAUGUUUGGUCGGAAGGAAUCAAGGGGCGAAGAGUCGUUAGAUGGUAGUUUGAUGAGUGAAAUGGAAGGUGGAGAUCCGGUUAACACUACAGAGAAGCUAAAAUCGGCUUUGCGUGUUUUGAAAGCCGAAUUAGAGGAGGAGAGAAGCGCGUCGGCGGUUGCAGCCAGUGAGACGAUGGCGAUGAUCACUCGGCUUCAAGAAGAGAAAGCGGCAAUGCAAAUGGAGGCAUUACAGUAUCAAAGAAUGAUGGAAGAACAGUCGGAAUACGAUCAAGAAGCUUUACAACUCUUGAAUGAACUUAUGAUUAAGAAGGAAAAGGAAUUGGAAGUGUACAAGAAAAAGGUUGCGGAUUAUGAAGCGAAGGAGCGAAUGCAGUUUUCACAAGGUAGCUUGAAAAACGGGACAUGUUCGACUUCGGUUUCUUGUAGUCAUUCAGAGGAUGGGAAUGGAAUGGCGAUUGAAACGACCCACAAAUGGAAUGGGAAUGUCCCUGACAGUGGUGUUCUCGAGCUUGAUACAUCAUUAGCGGACUUUGAAGAAGAAAGGUUAACGAUUUUUGAACAAAUCAAGGCUCUAGAAGAGAAGCUUUUCGCUUUGAGUGAUGAAGAGGAUCAACACUUUGCAGACGUAAGACCUAUUGAAGAUCUCGUCGAGGAAAAUGGAUUCCAUUCCGAUGACAUGGUGACGAAGUCAAACGGAUUCCAUUCCAACGACACAGUGACAAAAUCAAACGGGUAUCAUUCCAACAAGUUGGAAAAUGAGAAAACGAGAAUGGACCUCAUGGAUGAAGUUGAUCAAGUUUAUGAAAGGUUACAAGCUUUGGAAGCCGAUAGAGAGUUUUUAAAACACUGUAUCGGAUCAUUGAAUAAAGGCGAGAAAGGGAUGGAACUUCUUCAAGAAAUCUUGCAACAUCUACGUGAUCUUCGAACAACAGAUUUUCAAGCAUAAAUAUCAUCAUUUUUUUAUAUAUAUAAAAAAAAUAACAUAAAGAUUUAAUUAAAGGUGUUUUCAUCAUUCAUUACAUCUCCUGACCUUUUGAGGAAAAAAGGGAGGAUGAGCAAGUGUUUUGUAGGUUGCAAAGUUGAAGAAAGAUGGAUCCAAUGAUAGAGAGGUCAUGGAAAUCAAGUUCUAGAUAUUUUGUUAUCAUUAUAGGAAUAGAGGGGAAGGGACCCUUUAUGCCUAAUACUUCAUGUCUCUUUGUAGGAUAUAAAGUUGGUGUUUUGAAUUAUGGUUGGAAUUAUGGGCAAAUAUAGUUAUGCUUUUUUGACAAUUUGGUCAUAAGUGGCAUACUCUUCAUUGUGAUUAA